UAGCGUAACGAGCUUGUGAAUGUAACAAUUGUUUCAAGUUUAUAAACAGCUAAUACAUUUAACACUUUCCCCUCAAUAUUUUAUAAUGUGAUAAUAUGAGACAAUUUGGAUACAAAUAUGAUUUUAGAACCGUCUUAAGAUUUUGAUGACAUCACAUUUGAACAGCGAGAUGGCAUCGUUAAUUACUGAAGACGACCACGUUUUUGACGUUAUAGAAAAGCUUAGAAUUGGAAGGCGACCGGCAGCAACAAUCAUCAGCCAAGCACGACAACAAUACGCUAAAUUGAGGACAGAAUUGCAACUGUACAAGGAUGAAAUAAUCCAAAUAAAGAAAGUAAAGAAUGCCAAAGUUUCCAAAGAAGAGCAGGUCCAGGAGCAACUAAGUAGCACUGAGAUCUAUAAGAUGAUGGAAGCCAGUGCUAGACAUACUGCUGAAAAUGAACGUCUAAGAGAAGAGCUGAAAUCAGCAAAUUCCGAGAUUGAACUCUUGUCAAAACAUAUUGAUGAUUUGAAACAACAGAUAGAGUGCUUAAGACCUGAGAAUUUUAGAGAGAAAAAUAUGCAGGAUACAGUUAAUGGGUCGGAUAAUAGUGUGGAGGAUGUACAGACUAAAGUGAAUGAUUCUCAUGAUAACGAGAAUAUUGUUGAGAAUGCUAUGCUUGCAACAGAGAAAAAUGUGUCUGAUAAUGACAAGACUUUGCACGUGGAUGACAAUACUCAUAAAGAGAGUGAUCUCAUUUACAAAGAGAAAGAAUCGCAAAAUAUUGUACAGGCGGUACAUAGUAAAACGAAUGGUUUGGAUGGUUUAGAAAAAGGUUUUCAAGAUAAUACGAAUGACAUACAAGACAAAGAGGAGAUGGUACUUAAUAGAGCAGAGGAGGAUUUGAAUGAUGAAAAGAAUAGUAUGAACGAUAAAGAGAAAGAUUUAUAUCAUAAAGGAAAUGAUGCAAAAAAUUGGCCGGGCAUAUUGCAGGAAAAAGAAAAAGGUGUGCAUGAGUCUGUACAUGACCUGGACAAUAAUUUGAUGACAUUAAAGGAGGAAAUGAGUAAGCUGUCAGAAGAGAAUCGACGACUUGAAUCAAAAAUCACAAACUUGAACCAAGACAUUAAGCUUCAACAAAAGAUAACAACUGACAAAGAAAGGCAUGUCCAAGCACUCGAAGAUGAUCUACACAACCUUACUGAUGAAAACAAUAAACUUAAACAUGAAAAUACACAUUUGAAGACAGAGAAUGAUAAACUAAACCAGCAUAGAAAGGAAAAUGACGAAGAGAAGCAUACUGCUGUGGUCUCAGUUAGCAGUAUGGCAGAAGAAAACAAAAACUUACGAUCUGAAAAUGAGCAUUGGAGAGGGGAAUUGAAACAUGCAAAUGAAAAGACCCAACGUCUUACAAGAAGAAUAAAUGAGAUGACUGUUAAGAGUGAAACUUCAAGAGAAGACGAUGUUGUAAAGAGAGAGAUGGAACAGUUACGUGUGGAAAAUAUAAGGCUUAAACACGACUUAAAGAAAUUGUCGCAAAUGGUCGAAAAAGCUAAGAAGGAUAGAGAAGAACAAAGAGGAUAUGAUGAACGCAUAUACAGAGAUGAACAAUUGCCUAGACUUGACAGUUUUAAUAAGAAUGAAACCCAUGAGCUACAGGAAGAAAACAGAAGGUUAAGACAUGAUGUGAAACAGCUAAAGCAAGACGUGGCAUAUGCUAAACAUGACCGGGAUCAACAAAGAAAACAAGAGGAAAUCAGCUAUAAGCAAGUAGUACGCUAUAAGCAGGAAAACAACCUACUUGUGAAAGAAAAAGAAAGACUAAAGGAUGAGAAAGUGAUUCUUGAACGUGAUUUACAAAAAGCCAGAGACAAACUAGAACUCAUAUUAGGAGAAAGAAACAAAGAAAAAGAUAACCACCAUGCAAUGGAAUUCAGAGGAAAUGGUUACAGCAAAGACUACGGAUUUCCAGUUGGACAAUAUAUGCAAUCGGAAAGGAAACUAAAAGCAACAGAAGAUCGUUUGCAAAGAUUAUUUGAAGAAAAAAGCAGAGAUGAACAAAAUGUAUCACAAUACAAAGAAGAUUACUACCGACUGAAGAAAGAAUUGGACAAAUUGGAACGUGUAAACGUAAGAUUGGAAAGCGAUUUGAAAAGAGCUAUUCAACAACACGAUCACGAAGACAGAGGCAGGCUUAAAUCCAGUUCAGCAAAAUCCAUAGAGCAGGAGUAUUCGGAACAUCUCGGUAAAGAAAGACUUCAUAGAUCAAGUCGAGGACUUGAUAGUGAAUCUAGAGCAACGAAAGAUACGAUGCGAAAACUCUCAGAGAGCAGUUACGAUAAGAGGGAAAAUCAGGAUAGCGAACGACAACGCUUCGAAGACUUUCGUCGUACCAUUGAGAAACAGAAGAAUCAAAUAAAAAUGUUAUCAGAAGAAAAUAGGAAACUUCAAAAUGAUGUUCAUGAAGUGAGAAAUAGAUUAAGUACACUAGCUGGUCACAAGAUGACGAAAGAUAAUCCGAACAUCGCUGACUUGAGUGAUAACUACAGACCCACAAAUAUUGCUGAGCAAUUUAGAGAAGUAUAUGACAAUGAGUGGACACAAGCUUAUGAAGAACUAGAUCAGCAUUAUCGUAAUGACGAGACGAGAAUAAUUGACUCUCUUUUGUCGAUUUUAAAGAACAUAGAAGCGUUUUGUGUAGAGGUGUCUUCCCAUCAAUUUGCUUCACUGAAAUCAGCAAUUGAAAAUGAACUGACCUAUCCAAAAUAUAAACUUGAAAACGGAACUGUAAUGGCAGGAAAACAUAGAGCCGAAAUGUCGUCGUCACAAAAAGACAUCGAAGAUAAAUUUCUGAAGGAUUUAAGAAAAUCGUUAGGUAUUUUGUCAACAGGGCCACUAGCACAGAUAUUUCAUGAAGUCCAUAUGAAAAAACAGCUUGGAGCUGAGUUUUCUUCGGCUGGUCUUAAAACAUUUAUUGUCCAAUCUGUAAAACUUGUGUGGAUGAUGAAGAUGCAGACGCCACCGAUGGCAUUUAUCUGGGCGGAACCCAAACAAAAUGUUGAUAAGAACAGAUUUACGUUCUAUACAAGAAGGGGAGACGUUAUCAAGCAAUGUAUUUGGCCAGCUCUUGCACUACAUAAAAAUGGGCCUCUUAUGUCCAAGGGCAUUGUGCAGGCCGUGUGAUGAAAUAACAUUUUUGUGAUAUAUAGACUUAAGCUCUAAAUAUAUGCAUUAUCAUAUUUUUGUCACUUUCAUUUGUUGAUUUUCUAUCAUAUGAAAUAAAUAAAUGUAUAAUUUUGAUUA